AUGGUUCCUAAACCACAAACGAAUGGCUGGCGCCUAUGCGGUGACUAUCGGGCCUUGAACAAUGUCACCAUCCCAGACCGCUAUCCUCUUCCUCAUCUCCAGGACUUUUCCCGAGCUCUCUGUGGCAAAACCGUUUUCUCGAAGAUUGAUUUGGUCCGGGCUUUUCAUCAAAUUCUGAUGGCGUCUGAGGACAUUCCCAAAACGACAGUGAUGGCCUCUUUUGGCUUGUUUGAAUUUCUUCCUAUGCUAUUUGGUCUCCAAAAUGUCUCAGAGACUUUCCAAAGUUUCAUUGACCGUGUUUUACGUGGCCUUCCAUUUGUUUUUGCGUAUAUUUCUGAUGUUCUCGUCACAAGUCCGGAUGUCGAGGAACAUCUUCAACAGCCUACCCCACUUUCCGACCGAUUUCAGCUGUCUGGCGUCACCCUGCAUCUUGCCAAAUGUGUCCUAGGAGCCACUUCUCUCGAGUUCUUAGGUCAUCUGAUUGACUCCAAAGGCAUUCGGCCUCUUCCCUCAAAGGUUGCCCGAAUUCGGGACUUUCUACCCCCCACCUUGAAGCGUCAGCCGCAACGGUUCCUUGCGAUGGUAAAAUUUUAUCGUCGGUUUCUCGCAAACUGUUUCGACGACAUCCUCCUACUGACUAAUCUCCUCGCAGGUUCUAGACGAAUUUUCUCACUUAAACCGACAGCACUCACGUCGUUUGAGCAGGUAAAAGCCCUUCUGGCUAAUGCCACCCUCCUGACUCACUUUCUUGAGGAUUUACCCAUAUCGCUGAUGGUCGAUGCCUCCAAUGUUGCUGUUGGUGCGGUUCUCGAACAAAGUCUGCCAGAUUCUACCGUGCCUUUAGCUUUCUUCUCCAGGAAAUUAUCCAAGGUCGAAACCCGCUACAGCACAUUCGAACGUGAACGUAUCGCCGUUUAUCUUGCCGUGGGGCACUUCCGGUAUUUACUGGAAGGUCGAAGGCUUGAAGCGACAUUUAAGUCCGUUUUUUACACAGUUACAAUGCGCGUUUUAAAGAGCAUGACACAACCUUGAAUAAGACAUAAAACAAGCACGUGCAUUGCUGUCUACAAACGAUUUUGUUCUUACGUACUAGUUUGUAAAUGUUGGGAUACCACCAUCUUUGUUUCCUGGAUGGAUAGCCUACUCACUGUGCUCAACUAAUGGGUUUAUCACUUGAGUUUUCACAAUUUUUGUAGAUCACAAGCCAUUCACCUUUGCUCUGCAGUCCCACUCCGACAAACUAAACCCCCGGAGAUCCAAUUCCAGGACUACAUUUUACAGUUCACUUCAGACAUCCACCAUAUGGACGGGUCUCGGAAUGAGGUGGUUGACACACUGUCCAGGCCUCCUAUCGCUCACCUCCAGCUUUCACCCGGGAUCGACUUCGCUGAGAUAGCCGCUGAACAACGCUAUGCCGGUUCACCCUGUGAUGAGGAUGUUUCCAGACUAACUUUAAGAGCUACCACUGACAACUGCCAACAGCGUCAUUAAAUAUGACGUAUCAACCCCAUCCCAUCGUGCGUUUGUGCCGCCAUCCCUCCGUCGUAAGGUCUUCUCCUCCGUGCACAGUCUAUCUCACCCUGUAAGUCGAGCUACCGACAAACCGGUUUCUGACCGCUUCGUCUGUCCUGGGAUGCACAAAGACCUCAAAGCAUGGACAAGAGCUUGUAUCGCCUGUCAGCGGAGUAAGGUCCAACGGCACAACAAGGCCCCCAUUGGCACAUUUCCCAGCCCUGGUGCAAGGUUCAGCCACGUUCACCUGGACAUUGUAGACACCCUGCCUCUGUCCAAUGGUUGUUCCUAUUUUCUCAUCUGUGUGGAUCGGUUCACCUGGUGACCGGAAGUUAUCCCUCUGCCUGACAUUGCUGCUUCAACAGUCGUCAAGGCUUUCCUCAGUCGCUGGGUUGUCAUUUUCGGUGACUCCCUCCACAAACACGACUGACCGUGGUGCCCAGAUUGAGUCUAACCUCUUCCAGUCUUUCGUCUCCUUUUUAGGCUGUACUCGCAUCCGCACUGCAGCCUAUCACCCGGCCGUCAACGGGAUGAUCGAGCAGUUUCCUUGUCAGCCGAAGGCCUCCCUACGCGCCGCAGACGAUCCGGAGAACUGGAGGAGCCACCUCCCCUGGUCCUGUUGGGCAUUCACACCUCCCUCAAGUCGGACCUUGACUUUUCCACUGCUGAAUUCGUGUUCGGUGCCACCGUCCGGCUCUCCGGUCAGAUGAUCUCGCCAACCCCGCGAGGUGCGGUUGAGGAUCCUACCAACCUCCUGCACCGCCUCUGA